AAUGGCUAGGCAAAAGAAAACAGUAACUGAUUUGCAGUUAGGAGGGUCUCCUCUAAGGGUUAGGGGUAAUGAAAAAGGACAGUUAAUCAAUGUUGCAACUUUAGACAAUGGAGCAAAUUGCUCUUCGAAUGAUGUUAGAAAAACUGUACACGAUACAACGUUCUAUUGCAAAAAUGCUCUAGUUUCACCUUGGGUGAAUAUCAAUUCAUGGAUGACAGUAUGUUCAAGCUCUUCCUAUUCAAGUACUCACAGUCAAUGCUUUCUAUUGGAAGAGAAUAUUGGUUUAGGAGCAACGUCAGUAGAGAUACAAGUUGUUGAAACCCCACCAAUUCAAAACAAAGGUUUCAGUGGUAUUUUUCUUUAUGCUUACUCGGAUACCGAAAACUACAAUGAUGAAUUUCUUGUAAAUGUUGCCGAUUCUUCAAAAGGUGCAAUUUGUGAAGCCAGUAAAGGUGUCUCUAAAUCAAGAGAUUGUAAUCUUACAUUAGAUCUUAUCAGUGGUCAGUUUUUGUCUCAUCAAGAAUGGAUGAGUAAUUGUCUAGGUCUAAGGUGUAUUGGUGUAUAUAUGUUGGUUAAAUUCUCUACAGCUGUAGUACCUGUAAAAUAUUGUUUAGGAAAUAGACAGGGGGCUAAUAAAAGAUUAUUUUCACAAGUAAGAGUUGAUUGGAGCUCUGGUUCAUCUAUCAUUUUAGACUUUCCCAAAGACAGACAUUUAAAAUGCUUUAGUUAUAUUGAUGAGUUUAUAGAACAAUGGAUUAAUGUUACAGUUCUGAAUAUUCAUAGUGAUACCCAAAAAUAUGUUGGUUUUCAAGCCAUUCAAGUUUAUUCAACAGGUUUAAUUCAUUCAUAA